AUGGCCGCUUUCCAACAUUACGCUAAGGCCCAAUCAACCUUCCAAAUCCCCCUUCUCGCGGGUGACAACGCUUACCUCGGAGAUGUCUUCUCAAGCGACGAGUCGAACCCCGAGAAGCCCAUCUCAUCCGGCCUCUUCCGUUUGAAGAAGGGCGAACCGCUUACAUACACCUACAAGUACGACGAGAUGAAGAUCAUCCUUGAGGGUGACUACACGAUCUCAGACGAGACGGGCCAGAAGGUCGAGGCAAAGCCCGGCGAUGUCUUCCACUUUCCCAAGGGCUCAACGAUUACCUUCACCACCAGCGACUACGGUCUGGCGUUCUAUGUUGGUCAGCGCAAGAAGAGCGACUUCUGA